AUUGGACCAGCUACUAAUCAGUCAGCAAAAAUCAUAUGCGCUCACUGAAACAAAUGAAAUACUCGUUAUUGACUUAUUAAAACAAUGGUCACUGACAGAGAAAGGAGGAAAGUGGUACCCUAAUUUCCCCGUGUACCCCCAAAGCAUCACAUCCCAGUGCUUCACCAGCCAGCUACAUUUCUUGAAUAUGUCUCCCCCUCCUGUCUCCUCUCCUCGAUUCUUUUCCACUCAGUUACUCGCAGUUUAAAAUGGCGGCGUUGAGUAACGCCGAGUCCCCACCGCCCGUCUUCAACGGUGACACGAUGGACCGAGACCCGGAGCGGGAGCGGGGACUGGAGGAGCUGGGAGCCUGCCUGGACCCAGCCUGUUCGGUGGGGAUCCCAGAAUGUCCGCAGGACGAGGAGAUCUGGAAUAUCAAACAGAUGAUCAAGCUGACACAGGAGCACUUAGAGGCACUACUGGACAAGUUUGGUGGAGAAUGUAACCCUCCGGCCAUAUAUCUGGAGGCCUAUGAGGAGUACACCAGUAAGCUGGAUGCUCUGCAGCAGAGGGAGCAGCAGCUGCUGGAGGCCAUGGGAAACGGGACAGACUUCUACUCCUCCUCUCCUACGCCCCCUUCCCUCCUAGAUGGGGGUUUGAGCUGUUCUGGGGGAUCCGGGGGCACCCAGUUCCUUCUCCCCUCCGCCCCAAACACCCUGGCUGUCCUCCAGACCCCUACAGACGGACGGGCCAAUCCCCGCUCCCCUCAGAAACCCAUCGUCAGGGUGUUCCUGCCCAACAAACAGCGGACCGUGGUCCCAGCCCGCUGUGGCAUGACAGUCAGAGACUCUCUGAAGAAGGCUUUAAUGAUGAGGGGACUAAUCCCUGAGUGCUGUGCUGUCUACAGGAUACAGGAUGGAGAGAUGAAGCCUCUUGGCUGGGACACGGACAUCUCCUGGCUGACAGGGGAGGAGCUACACGUGGAAGUGCUGGAGAACGUUCCUCUUACCACACACAACUUUGUGAGGAAGACCUUUUUUACGUUGGCAUUCUGCGAUUUUUGCCGGAAGCUUCUGUUCCAGGGGUUCCGAUGUCAGACGUGUGGCUAUAAGUUUCACCAACGUUGCAGCACAGAGGUGCCGCUCAUGUGUGUCAACUACGACCAGCUAGAUUUGUUGCUGGUGUCGAAGUUCUUUGAGCACCACCCCAUCACCCAGGAGGAGGUGUCAUCAGAGGGCACCACCCCCGUGUCCGAGGUCUACCCUUCACUGCCUCCGUCCGACUCCACCGGGUCCCUGUGCCACACCAGCGUGUCCCCGUCCAAGUCCAUCCCUAUCCCCCAGAAUUUCAGGCCCGGAGAAGAGGACCACAGGAACCAGUUUGGACAGAGAGACCGCUCGUCCUCCGCUCCCAACGUCCACAUCAACACCAUCGAACCCGUCAACAUAGACGACUUGAUUCGAGACCAAGGUUUACAGAGGUCAGAAGGAGCCCCCCCCUUGCAGACCCACCCACCCGCCCGCUGCUUGAGGAAGCACCGAACACGGACCUCAAGCCCCCUCCUAUACUCCUACCCCAAUGACAUAGUCUUUGAUUUUGAGUCCGAGCCUGUGUACCGAGGGUCGACUGCAGGGCUGUCGGCCACGCCUCCGGCCUCGCUGCCUGGCUCAUUGACCAAUGUGAAGGCUCCUCAGAAGUCUCCGUGUCCACAGAGAGAGAGGAAGUCAUCGUCCUCGUCUGACGACCGCAAUAAGAUGAAAACCCUGGGCAGACGGGACUCUAGUGACGACUGGGAGAUCCCAGAAGGUCAGAUCACCCUGGGUCAGAGGAUAGGAUCUGGAUCCUUUGGAACCGUUUUCAAGGGCAAGUGGCACGGCGACGUGGCGGUAAAGAUGCUGAACGUUACAGCUCCCACCCCACAGCAGCUACAGGCCUUUAAGAACGAAGUGGGAGUCCUCCGGAAGACGCGUCACGUCAACAUCCUGUUGUUCAUGGGUUACACCACCAAGCCUCAGCUGGCCAUCGUGACCCAGUGGUGUGAGGGCUCCUCCCUCUACCACCACCUACACAUCAUAGAGACCAAGUUUGAGAUGAUCAAGCUCAUAGACAUCGCCCGGCAGACGGCACAGGGCAUGGAUUAUCUGCACGCCAAAUCCAUCAUCCACAGAGAUCUGAAGAGCAACAACAUCUUCUUACACGAGGACCUGACGGUGAAGAUAGGAGACUUCGGCCUGGCCACAGUGAAGUCACGCUGGAGCGGCUCCCACCAGUUUGAACAGCUCUCUGGCUCCAUCCUGUGGAUGGCCCCAGAAGUGAUCCGCCUGCAGGAUAAGAACCCUUACAGCUUCCAGUCUGACGUUUACGCCUUCGGGAUUGUUCUCUAUGAGUUGAUGUCUGGGGCCUUGCCCUACUCCAACAUCAAUAACAGAGACCAGAUAAUCUUCAUGGUGGGUCGGGGCUACCUGUCUCCUGACCUCAGUAAGGUGCGCUCCAACUGUCCUAAAGCCAUGAGGAGGCUGAUGGCUGACUGUAUGAAGAAGAAGAGAGAGGAACGGCCCCUGUUCCCUCAGAUCCUGGCGUCCAUUGAGCUUCUGGCGCGUUCUUUACCCAAGAUCCACCGCUCCGCGUCGGAACCCUCACUGAACCGAGCCGGGUUCCAGACGGAGGACUUCAGCCUGUACGCCUGCGCCUCCCCCAAAACCCCUAUACAGGGGGGAUAUGGGGAGUUUUCAGCAUUUAAAUAAGAUGCUGAUCCAGAUUCCACCAGUCAGCCAGUCCAUCCCUCGUCACUCUUCAACAAGUCUUGUGUUCCUGCCGUGGAUUUCUUCAUCCAUUAACCAAAAACCAACAUACUAGUCUCAAAGAACGUGCUGUUUUCUACUUCCCACACCUGAAGAGACAAGACGGCUUCUUCCUCUCUCCGCUCCACGUCUCAGGAGUUCUACAGAUGAUUUCUCUGCUGGGGGAAUCACCACAUCGAAAAAACUUUUACAAAAUCUGAUAAAAAAUAGGAAAAACUUGAAUGACACAUAUAGCAGAUACACAAAUGAAGACACACUGAAGAAAUGUUAAACCAAACCAGAGGAAGAAGGGAAUCGUGCAAAAGGAGAGAACAGCACUUCUUGACUGUAGGUCUGAUGAAGGAGGAGUGUAACUGAGAGCACAAGGACAGGAUUGGGGUUAGGGGGUCAAGAGAGGUUAGAGGUUGAGGGUUUGGGCAGCACACCCCUUCUCAUUCCCUCCCUGACGAAGAGGGGCGGCGCUACAGGCACAGGAAACCACACUUCUUCCCUGCCUGCUCAUUGGUUACCUGAGAUGAAGGGGCCAGGUCUAAGCCAAUCGCUGAUAAGCUGGAUUUCACGGGGGUGGAGUCGACCCUGUGGGAAGAGGACUUGAAAGAUUAAUUUAUUGAAGAAAAUAAAUCCCCAGUUCUUGUUUGUUUUUGGGAUUUUAAGGAUAUUGGUGGGGGGGGAUGCUGUUCUGAGCUUUUCUUUGUUGGCGAGAUCGUUAAUGUUUUUACUGUCACUACAAAGCAUUCCUACCCGGUGAUAGGCCACACGCGAAUACACUCGACUCAAGCUUCACUGAAAGGACAGAGGUUCUGAGACUUUCCCUCGCCUCUCACAGAUCUGUCCAUUUUCGAAAUGAAGGAUGCCCUUUCCACAUUUUUGCCAGACUCCGUGAUCUUGCCUUGUCAUUUGCCUCAACAAAACUCCAUGUUUUAACCCCUGUUUUGGAUCAUUUGAUAGCUGAUGUGGAGUCGACCAGAAAACGCCAGCAUCAGCUUUUCAGGUAUACAGUAAUGUUCAACCUAACUUCCUUUUCCCCUGAAAACCAGAAGUGGGGGAACUCACCCUCGCUACGUUAGCGUCAUAAAGAACCUUUUUUUUUUUAAAUCAGCCGAGGAUUGUUAUUUUGAAGGGAUAGCACAUCGCUUUUAUCAACAGGUUUGUUAGAAAGAAACUGUGUGAAUCUAAGAUGGCUGCCAGUGCCUCUUUAGACUUGGUGUUUUGGGGGGAUUACGGAGUCUACAGGGGUGUGGAGGACGGGGAGUCUCUCUGACCGACAUGCCACACGUUUGACCAUCUUUAUUUUGGAGAAGGGGGGGGGACGGACUUUUUGUAGUGAGUUUGUACGAGGAAGGAUGGAAGCUACAAGAACACCGUACAAUGGGACUCCCUCUAUCUGAAGGUCCGAGUGAAGUCUGAAGGAAGGAAGAUCCCAGGCUACGUCCCAAGAUUCCCGCUCGGAAGUGAACGAUUGAAUAGGGUUCUGCUUUAGUCUACAUGUUGGAUAGCAGCUGCUUGUAGUCUGAGGUUUUACAUUGCAUUGUGCUGUUACAAGUUUCACUGCUCUCCCUCAACGAGACUCGGCUUCUCCUCUCAGCUUGGCUAUGUUCACAGAACACGAUCCGAUCUCUCACACACACACACACACACACACACACCUCUGAUUCUGUUGGUGAAAAGCUAUCUGGGCAGUGCAUGUGAUAACCUACCAACGAGUCUUUCUCUUCUUGUCGUGGACUUUGAUAUUGUUUUUUUAAUCACAGACACAGGAAGCAGAAGCUCAAUUCACCUGUUUGCACCUGUAAACAAGAUGGCUGCUAUCACCUUCCUGCCUGCUGAAAGACUAGUGGGAUUUUAAUGGUUUGUUUUGUUGUUGUUGGGAGUAGGUUAAAGUUGCCCCUGGACUGAUUGGAUGUCCCUCACCGUUGGUUAAGGUUCUGAUUGGGGUAGGAGCAGCUGAUCCUAGACCUGUACCAAGGGGAAACUUCACUCCGAAGCUGUGUUUUUGAGUGGGGGAUUAAAAUGGAAUCUGUGGUCUGAUUUUUUUUAUGCCUAUCCUUUCUAUAGUCGAGCAGCUGUAUUUGUCAUUCCGGUGUGUCGAAAGGUCGAAGGAGCUGUUUUUAACUUGUCUUUUGUUGAUGUCGUUUUGCCUUUUUUUUUUUUUUGUUGACAGGCAGGCCUGCGAAAAAAAUAUAUUGUCUAAUUUGUUAAUGCCAUUUUCUGAAUUGUCUUUGAGACCGGGAGAGAGAGCCAUCUGUCUUGUUUUAACUGCUUGUGUCUUUGUGAGAGAUCUAUCGAAGAAGCAAAAAUGGUGACUUCCCUUUAUUUUAUAUUAUUUUUUUUUAAUUAACAAAUAAAUCCCGUCACAACAUGAAUUUUGAGUUGAUGAAUAACACCCUAAACGCAUCAUGUUCCAUCUGUAAGGAAACACAGUGGAUGUUCUGCUGGGGAAGCCAAAGGCUGUGUAAAAUGGGCAUUGGCUACAUCCCAAACAGUUCCCUAUUCCCUUUAACGGUGCACUUGGGGCUCAGGUAGUGUUCCGGAGAAGGAAUAGGGGCUCCAUUUGGGACACGGUCGUCACGUGAAGAAUUAAACACUUGAUAAAGGACCUCUAUGAACCUCUGAACAGAUAUUCUACAGCUGAGAAACGAGUCAUAACUUUUUCAAUGGAGAAUCUACCAUUUUACAUUAUUAGUUCUGGACUAUGCUUAAACUGUGUCUGGGAAACUGGCCCAUAUAUUAGGUCCAGGAGAGCAAAUUUGAAUACUGGAGAUGAACCAGAAUAGAGAUGUAGACUUCUGCCAUGAGAUGUAUAAUGUCAUGGAUUUUUCUGAAGGACAUCGUUCCCAUUACACUGGGUCAUUGUCUUCAGUUCACUGUGACACAACCCAAGAUAUGACCCCCGAGGAACUAACAGCGGAUAUGACCCCCCGAGGAACUAACAGCGGGUAUGACCCCCCCGAGGAACUAGCGGCGGAUAUGACCCCCCGAGGAACUAGCGGCGGAUAUGACCCCCCGAGGAACUAGCGGCGGAUGUGACGCCCCGAGGAACUAGCGGCGGAUAUGACCCCCCGAGGAACUAGCGGCGGAUGUGACCCCCCGAGGAACUAGCGGCGGAUAUGACCCCCCGAGGAACUAGCGGCGGGUAUGACCCCCCCGAGGAACUAGCGGCGGGUAUGACCCCCCGAGGAACUAGCGGCGGAUAUGACCCCCCGAGGAACUAGCGGCGGAUAUGACCCCCCGAGGAACUAACGGCGGAUAUGACCCCGAGGAUAUGACCCCCCGAGGAACUAGCGGCGGAUAUGACCCCCCCGAGGAACUAACGGCGGAUAUGACCCCCCGAGGAACUAACGGCGGAUAUGACCCCCGAGGAACUAACGGCGGAUAUGACCCCCCGAGGAACUAACGGCGGAUAUGACCCCGAGGAUAUGACCCCCGAGGAACUAACAGCGGAUAUGACCCCCGAGGAUAUGACGCCCCGAGGAACUAACGGCGGAUGUGACCCCCCGAGGAACUAGCGGCGGAUAUGACCCCCCGAGGAACUAACGGCGGAUAUGACCCCCCGAGGAUAUGACCCUCCGAGGAACUAACAGCGGAUAUGACCCCCCGAGGAACUAGCGGCGGAUAUGACCCCCCGAGGAACUAGCGGCGGAUAUGACCCCCGAGGAACUAACGGCGGAUAUGACCCCCGAGGAUAUGACCCUCCGAGGAACUAACAGCGGAUAUGACCCCCCGAGGAACUAACGGGCGGAUAUGACCCCCGAGGAUAUGACCCUCCGAGGAACUAACAGCGGAUAUGACCCCCCGAGGAACUAACGGCGGAUAUGACCCCCCGAGGAACUAACGGCGGAUAUGACCCCCCGAGGAACUAACGGCGGAUAUGACCCCCCGAGGAACUAACGGCGGAUAUGACCCCCCGAGGAACUAACGGCGGAUAUGACCCCCCGAGGAACUAGUGGCGGAUAUGACCCCCCGAGGAACUAACGGCGGAUGUGACCCCCCGAGGAACUAGUGGCGGAUAUGACCCCCUGAGGAACUAACGGCGGAUAUGACCCCCCGAGGAACUAACGGCGGAUAUGACCCCCCGAGGAACUAACGGCGGAUGUGACCCCCCGAGGAACUAACGGCGGAUGUGACCCCCCGAGGAUAUGACCCCCCCGAGGAACUAGCGGCGGAUAUGACCCCCCGAGGAACUAACGGCGGAUGUGACCCCCCGAGGAACUAACGGCGGAUGUGACCCCCGAGGAUAUGACCCCCCGAGGACCUAGCGGCGGAUAUGACCCCCCGAGGAACUAACGGCGGAUAUGACCCCCCGAGGAACUAACGGCGGAUAUGACCCCCCGAGGAACUAACAGCGCAUAUCUGUAAAAUAAAGUUUUUUUUUCCCGAGUGGCGCAGCAGUCUAAGGCACUGCUUCUCAGUGCUAGAGGCAUCACUACAGACCCUGGUUCGAUUCCAGGCUGUAUCACAACCGGCCGAUGAUUGGGAGUCCCAUAGGGGCGGCGCAUAAUUGACCCAGCGUCGUCCGGGUUUGGCCCAGGGGUAGGCCAUCAUUGUAAAUAAGAAUUUGUCCUUAACUGACUUGUUAAAUAAAGGAUGAAAUAAAUAUGACCCGGGGAGCUAACGGCAGGAAGGAGUUGUUACGAGUGCCCUUAUUAUUUUACAGAUUGACAGGCAUCCCAAAUGGCACCCUAUUCCCUUUAUAGUGCCCCCCUUUGACCAGGGCCCACAGGGCUCUAUGUAGGGAGUAUGGUGCCAUUUGGGAUGCAUACAGCCAUGUUCUUUAUGUUAUGAUAUAUAUGCUGUUGCAGCAAAAAGGUGGAUGUCUUCACAAGCAUUGGUCUGUCAAAGCUAUGGGACUCUACUGACAACCUGUUGAGUUGUCCCUCUCUCCAUCAAAGCUAUGGGACUCUACUGACAACCUGUUGUCCUCUCUCCAUCAAAGCUAUGGGACUCUACUGACAACCUGUUGUCCUCUCUCCAUCAAAGCUAUGGGACUCUACUGACAACCUGUUGAGUUGUCCCUCUCUCCAUCAAAGCUAUGGGACUCUACUGACAACCUGUUGUCCUCUCUCCAUCAAAGCUAUGGGACUCUACUGACAACCUGUUGUCCUCUCUCCAUCAAAGCUAUGGGACUCUACUGACAACCUGUUGAGUUGUCCCUCUCUCCAUCAAAGCUAUGGGACUCUACUGACAACCUGUUGUCCUCUCUCCAUCAAAGCUAUGGGACUCUACUGACAACCUGUUGUCCUCUCUCCAUCAAAGCUAUGGGACUCUACUGACAACCUGUUGAGUUGUCCCUCUCUCCAUCAAAGCUAUGGGACUCUACUGACAACCUGUUGUCCUCUCUCCAUCAAAGCUAUGGGACUCUACUGACAACCUGUUGAGUUGUCCUCUCUCCAUCAAAGCUAUGGGACUCUACUGACAACCUGUUGAGUUGUCCCUCUCUCCAUCAAAGCUAUGAGACUCUACUGACAACCUGUUGAGUUGUCCCUCUCUCCAUCAAAGCUAUGAGACUCUACUGACAACCUGUUGAGUUGUCCCUCUCUCCAUCAAAGCUAUGAGACUCUACUGACAACCUGUUGAGUUGUCCCUCUCUCCAUCAAAGCUAUGAGACUCUACUGACAACCUGUUGAGUUGUCCCUCUCUCCAUCAAAGCUAUGAGACUCUGACAACCUGUUGUCCUCUCUCCAUCAAAGCUAUGGGACUCUACUGACAACCUGUUGAGUUGUCCUCUCUCCAUCAAAGCUAUGGGACUCUACUGACAACCUGUUGUCCUCUCUCCAUCAAAGCUAUGAGACUCUACUGACAACCUGUUGAGUUGUCCCUCUCUCCAUCAAAGCUAUGAGACUCUACUGACAACCUGUUGAGUUGUCCCUCUCUCCAUCAAAGCUAUGGGACUCUACUGACAACCUGUUGAGUUGUCCCUCUCUCCAUCAAAGCUAUGGGACUCUACUGACAACCUGUUGAGUUGUCCCUCUCUCCAUCAAAGCUAUGAGACUCUACUGACAACCUGUUGAGUUGUCCCUCUCUCCAUCAAAGCUAUGAGACUCUGACAACCUGUUGAGUUGUCCCUCUCUCCAUCAAAGCUAUGGGACUCUACUGACAACCUGUUGAGUUGUCCCUCUCUCCAUCAAAGCUUUGCCUGUUAUGGUUUACUUCUAUUUGUAUUACUUUACUGUAAGACGGUUUCUAACCUUUCUCGCUGUUCUUUUUAUUUUCUGUAACCCCCCCAUCUGUCCUUGCCUGCACCUUAAGCCUACGUUUCCCACAAGCCCCCUCCAACUGAGACCUUCAUCCUUCUGGAAGAUGAUUGUUGUCGUCUGUAAAUAGCUGUAUAAAGGAGAUACUGGCCGUUUUUAAAUAGGAGGCAUGGUGACUCUCAACAUGGAAUGAGAUAUAUAAAAUGUUUUAAAAUGAAGAAAUAAAGGGAUUAAGAAGACAUUUUGAUAGAAUGACAUUCUGAGAAAAAAAUGUUGUGUAAAAAAAAAAAAAAAUGAAAUAAUUUAAGAACUGUAUUAUAUAAAAAGAUGAUGAAAGAGCUUAAUGUAUUUGUUGUGAAUAUGGAAAAACAGAUAUAUUAAAGAAGUGCAUGAAAACGGU